AUGCCCAGGGAUAAGUACCCAGGUCACUGUAAAAAUCGCUCGGGCCAUCACUCUCAUAAAAGGAAGCAUAGAGGAAAGGAGAGGUCUCAGGACCGCUAUAAGGAGGUUAGAUCUCGACAUUCCUCGCGAGACUCAUCAUCGACACCUCGGGCGUGGCAGGAAACCUCAGGGUGCCGUUCUCCUUCUCAGACAUCAUCCCAGCUAAUACUGGCCACGGCUCUAAAAGACUUUCUCGCUUUUAUGAAGCAACAUACCUCCCAGAGUGCAGGGAGUGUAAGGGCGGAAAAUCCCCCCAGUCCCACGGCGGACUCUCUUCCCCUCCAGGAGAAUACAGACACCAUUGUCUCUCCACAGCCGAUUGCUUCAUCUAUUUUUUCGGUUUUUUCUUUGCUUAUAGAACAGCCAGAGGAGCCGGCAGCAGGAUGUACAGUGUCGUUUAGGGAUCCCAAGGUAACCCAGAUAAGUGCGGAGGAAGAAGAAAACUCUCUGGUAGCCGAGCUGUUUGGCGAGGAACAAUGCCCGUCAAGCGAUGCGACUUGGGAUCCUGUAAUCUUUAACUCUACAAAAUCCGGGCUACGUAUGGGUUUAAAAGAGGAACUUCGCAACUCUUUACUUUCAAAGUACGAGCUCAAAGGAGACCUUACGUGUUUAGGACCUCCUAAGGUUAACAAAGAACUGACGUCAGCUCUGUCCAAACGGCAGGCCAUUUUAAAAAGGGACGAAUACCAGGCAAAGAGGCAGACCCAAGUAGGAGCCUGUCUGAACGCACUAGGUUCGGCCAUAACCGACCUGGUGAAGUUUCGCCAGUCCUUUCUUCAGGAUAAUAACUUGAAGAACAUUACUGUCAAGCUUGCAGAAGGACUUCAUCUUUUGUCCGAUCUCCAAUUCCGCUUGUCCCUUGCCAGGCAGGCAUAUAUAAAACCGUGCCUGACGUUUGUAGGAAAAUCGACAGCGGAUUCCUGUAAGGUCGACGACUGGCUUUUCGGGUCAGGUUUCGCAGAGGAUCUUAAAGCAGCACAAGCCUGUGAGAAGGUAGGAUGAGAUAUAUCCAGAUCUGCCUCUACCCCGACAGCGCUAAAAAUCAGCAAUCAGCCAUCUCGUCAACAAAACGUGCCAAAGCAACCGAAAGCGUCAAACUUCAAAGCUCCUGCCCAACGCACUUCAUCCACGGCUCGCCGGA